GCUGCUUCCCGCCACUCCUAUUUUUCUCGUCCAGAAAAAAAAGAACAAAGAAAUUAGUAAAGUAGAUUUACGGAAAUGCCAUGGCCGGCCUUCCUGGCGGCGGCGGUGAAGCUGGCGGUGCUGGCGGCGGCGGCGGCGACGGCGGCCAACGCGGCCUCCUACGGGCGGUUCCGGCGCCGCAACCUCCGCCGCAUCGCCUGCCCCAUCGACGACUCGGACGACCCCGUCGCUGACUUCCGCGCCCUCCCCUUGUCUUCCUCCUCCGCCGCCGCCGACUCAGAAGAUGAUGAAUUCUUCUUCGGGCUAGCGACAGCUCCUGCACAUGUUGAGGAUAGGCUUGAAGAUGCUUGGCUUCAGUUUGCAACCGAGCAUUCAUGUGAUGACAAAGAAGCCAUGUGCGACCAAAAGCCAGCUGAUGCAGCGAUGGCGUCUGCUGGUGGUGAUGGAGGCUCUCAGCCUGCUUCUAGGACAACAGGGGUUGAAAAGGGUGCCGUUGGAGAGCAAAGAAAACCUCUCAGAGUUGCCAUGGAGGCUAUGCUCAGAGGAUUUGAAAAGUUUUCUGAUGGUGGAGAAUCUAGUGGUGGCGAUAACUGCAGCCACAACGUUGCUGCUUGGCACAAUGUUCCAAAUCCGCAAGAGAGGCUUAAAUUUUGGUCGGAUCCUGAUACUGAGUUGAAACUUGCUAAGGAAACCGGCAUUAGUGUUUUCCGCAUGGGGGUAGACUGGACAAGGAUAAUGCCUAAGGAACCAACUGAAGACUUAAAGAGCUCAGUUAACUAUGCAGCACUUGAGCGGUAUAGAUGGAUCAUUCAACAAGUUCGUGAUCAUGGGAUGAAAGUAAUGCUUACUCUAUUUCAUCACUCUCUUCCACCUUGGGCUGGGGAAUAUGGGGGGUGGAAGAUGGAAAAAACUGUUAAUUACUUCAUGGAUUUUGUAAGGCUUGUUGUUGACCGUGUGUCAGAUUUAGUGGACUACUGGGUGGUUUUCAACGAACCACAUGUGUUUGUGAUGCUAACUUAUUGUGCUGGUUCUUGGCCUGGUGGAGAUCCUAAUGCACUUGAAGUAGCAACAUCUGCGUUGCCAACUGGUGUAUAUAAUCAAGCUUUGCAUUGGAUGGCUGUUGCACAUGCUGAAGCCUAUGACUACAUUCAUUCAGAAAGCAACAAUGCAAUGAUGCCAAUAGUUGGUGUUUCACAUCAUGUGUCGUUUACACGGCCAUAUGGUCUAUUUGAUGUUGCAGCUGUUACAAUAGCUAAUUCAAUGACCCUAUUCCCUUACAUCGAUAGCAUUUGUGAUAAAUUGGACUUUAUCGGCAUCAAUUACUAUGGGCAGGAGGUAAUCUCAGGAGCUGGUUUAAAGCUUGUGGAUAAUGAUGAAUACAGUGAAUCUGGUCGUGGAGUUUAUCCCGAUGGGUUGUUCCGCGUCCUAAUUAAGUUCAAUGAGAGAUACAAAAGUUUAGACAUCCCUUUUAUAAUUACUGAAAAUGGAGUUUCUGAUGAGACUGAUCUGAUUCGAAAACCAUAUAUACUGGAACACCUAUUAGCCAUAUAUGCGGCCAUUUUAGUGGGUGUGCGCGUGCUUGGUUAUCUAUUCUGGACAACAUCGGAUAAUUGGGAGUGGGCAGAUGGUUAUGGUCCCAAGUUUGGGCUUGUUGCUGUUGACCGUGCCAAUAACCUAGCACGGAAACCUCGUCCUUCAUACUAUUUAUUCUCUAAGAUUGUUGCAACUGGAAAAGUUACGAGACAGGACAGAAUGUCUGCUUGGAGGGAACUGCAACAAGCUGCAAUUCAGAAGAAAACACGACCAUUUUACAGGGAUGUAGAUAAACAUGGUCGGAUGUAUGCAGGAGGUCUAGAUCGGCCUGUUCAGCGUAAUUUUGUAUUGCGGGAUUGGCGUUUUGGUCACUAUGAAAUGGAAGGCUUGCAGGAUCCUUUGAGUUGGUUCGUAAGAUGCAUUACUAGACCAUUUUCGCACAAGAAGAAGAUUCACUACAUUGAGGACGACACAGUUUCGUACUCUAUUUCAUCUUGAGGCCUGAUACGCUAGUUGCUACUUAAGUUCAGUCUUUUGGAUUGUGACAUAAAGAACUUUUGGUUACCUAUCCUCUAAACAAAGAAAAUAAGAAGUUUUGGAAUUGGAAGCUUCACCCUUUGCUGUUUAAUGUAUAUACACUGUUCACCUUAGUAGUAAGUACCUUGUAAAGUCGCUGUUUUGUCUUUUGUUCUUAUAUCCUAUAGAACUUAUAAACAAGUUAAAAUUCUUGAUUUGACUGAAGUUACAGCUAAUUGUUGACCGACUACCUUAUGUUUCACCAAACCAAAAUAUCCUUACCAUCUA